AUGAGGUUCGUUCGUGCUCUUGCUGGGCUUGCGCUAGCAUCGCUUCACAUUCACCACAUCACAGCACACGUGCUGGGCGGAAGACCAAGUGACUUUAUCAUCGCUGAGAAGCGCGCUCCACUCCAAGAUAUAGUCACUUGGGACGAGCACUCCCUUUUCGUUCACGGUAAGCGCAUCAUCUUCUGGGGCGGCGAGUUUCACCCAUUCCGUCUCCCAGUUCCUGGUCUAUGGCUUGAUGUAUUCCAAAAGAUCAAAGCACUUGGGUAUAAUGGGGUGUCCUUCUACGCUGCUUGGUUUCUGCAUGAGGGGAAGCGCGGAUCUUUCAGCGCGGAGGGGGUUUUCGACUGGGAACCGUUCUUUGAUGCGGCAAAGAAAGCCGGCAUAUAUCUAAUUGCUCGACCUGGCCCGUACAUCAACGCUGAAGUGUCAGGAGGAGGAUUCCCUGGGUGGCUGCAGCGCAUCUCCGGAAACCUGCGUACACCAGAUCAAGAUUACCAACAAGCCUCGAAACACUACAUCGAAUCCAUCACCGCAAUCAUCGCCAAAGCCCAGAUCACCAACGGUGGACCCGUCAUCCUCUUCCAACCAGAAAACGAGUACUCCGCGGGCACUAACAAUGUCACGUUCCCUGAUGCCUUGUACAUGAAUGGCCUCAUGCGACAAUUCCGCGCCCUUGGCAUUGUUGUACCGUUCAUCAACAACGUGGCAUGGCCCAACGGAGUCAACGCGCCCGGAACCGACGCCCCUGUGGAUAUUUACGGCCAUGAUUCGUAUCCAGUUGGAUUCAAUUGCAUGGAUCCUACGAACUGGACCGAUAAUGCGCUACCCACGAACUGGAGAGAGACUCAUCUGAAGCAGAGCCCGAACACGCCGUAUAUGCUGGUUGAGUUCCAAGGCGGGGGAUAUCAGCCGUGGGGUGGUGUUGGCUUUGAGAAGUGUGCUGAACUAACCAACUAUGAAUUUGAGCGGGUGUUUUACAAAAAUAACAUUGCGGCGGGUGCUACGAUCUUCAGUGCCUACAUGGUAUUUGGUGGCACAAAUUGGGGCAAUCUAGGCCACGCUUCGGGAUACACGUCCUACGAUUACGGCGCUGCCAUCACUGAAGAGCGCCAGGUUCACCUCGAAAAGUACAGUGAGGCAAAGCUCAUUGCAAAUUUUGUACAUGCAUCGCCCGCAUUGGCCUCUGCAGUGGCUGGAUAUAACACUACAGGCCUUUAUACGGAUACGGAUGCUAUUACAGUGACACCAUUGUUUGGCAACAAAACUAGCUUCUACGUCACGCGUCAAACUAAGUACAACUCCUUUGGCUCAUCCUCUUACAGACUCAGGGUGCAGACAAGUGUAGGCAAUAUCACCGUACCGCAACUCGGUGGACGUCUUUCUAUCAACGGCCGCGACACCAAAAUUCAUGUCACGGACUAUGAUGUGGGGGGCUUCAACCUUCUUUACUCAACAGCCGACAUCUUCACGUGGAAGAAAUACGGAACGAGGUCGAUUCUGGUCGUGUACGGAGGCCCCAACGAAUUGCACGAGCUAGCAAUUUCUAAGACGAGUGGCGCGACAGCCGUUGAAGGGUCUGGAGUCAAGUUUUCGAAUCGUAAUGGAGUUACCAUCCUCAGUUGGAACACGGCCCCGAAACGUCGAGUCAUACGUAUCGGCUCCGACUUGUACAUUGUCAUCCUUGAUCGAAACUCGGCAUACAAUUACUGGACUGUGAGUACCCUGCCAGAAGGCAGCUACUCUCACAAUGCGAAUCCAUCAUCUGACCUUAUUGUCAACGCUGGGUAUCUUGUUCGCAACGCCGCUAUCGUAGACGGGAAGGUGAAGCUUGUUGGUGACAUCAAUGCAACUACUACACUCGAGAUAAUCGGAGGUGCGCACAAGGACAUCACAGCGCUCACCUUCAACGGUGCCACUGUGGAAUCAACCCUCGACCGCAAUGGAUUCCUCCGCGGCACAGUAGCGUUUUCCGCUCCCGACAUCCGCCUUCCGGAUCUGGGCUCGCUGCCUUGGAAAUACAUCGAUACGCUUCCUGAGUUGAAGUCUACAUACGACGAUUCCACGUGGACCAAUGCAGAUCAUACCAAAACUAACAAUACGUACUGGCCCCUGACCACGCCUAAGGUUCUCUGGGGCGCAGAGUACGGCUAUAAUGGUGGGUCGCUCAUAAUGCGGGGCCAUUUCACCGCCACAGGCAAUGAAAGCGUUUUGCAUUUGAACGUCUCGGGUGGAAAUGCCUUUGCGUUCUCGGCAUGGGUGAACGGGACGUGGAUAGGGUCAUGGCCUGGAACGGCCGAGGCUGCAAUCGCGAAUCUGACUUUGCCACUACCGAGCUUUAAGCGCGGAGAGAGGUAUGUGCUGACAGUUCUCAGCGACCACAUGGGCCAUAAUGGGAACUGGGUCAUUGGAUACAAUGAGAUGAAAACGCCGCGAGGUAUUAUUGGGUACGACUUUCCUGGUCAUUCAACCACCUCGAAUAAUGCCUCCCGUGCCGACGAUGGCAUUACCUGGAAGAUUUCAGGGAAUAUUGGGGGUGAAGAUUACCAUGACAGGACGCGUAGCCCGCUUAACGAAGGCGCGCUGUGGGCAGAGCGCAAUGGUUUCCACCUCCCAUCUGCGCCCACCGGAUCCUGGGCAGACAGUGCAGGUCCGAUAACCGGUCUGACAGAACCAGGAGUCGGUUUUUAUACGACUUCGUUUGCCCUCAAUAUCUCCCAAAAAUGGGACAUCCCACUGUCGUUUAUCUUCCGCGGCGACACGUUCGACGGUAAAGGAAAGGGUUGGCGCGCACAGCUCUGGGUGAACGGAUAUCACUUUGGCAAGUUUCCGAAUGGCAUCGGACCGCAGCGGAGAUUCCCGGUACCAGAGGGGAUUCUGAAUUAUCGAGGCGAAAAUCACAUCGCUGUUAGUAUUUGGGCGCUGGAGCAUGGUGGUGCGAAACCGAAUGGCUUCGAGCUGGUUGCGGGUAUGCCGGUGAAAAGUGGCUAUGGUGAGGUGAAGAUGGCGCCGAUAUCGAGUUGGGAGAAGAGGGAGGGUGCAUAUUGA